AUUGAAUUGGGAUUAAUCCUUGAUUACACGUCAUUUCGAAUAGGAUUGUGUGCUCGUUGUCCAAAGAACGACUAUGUCAGGAGGAAGUGGAAUAUAUCAACCUAGUGGUAUGAGUCUCUAUGUAGGCAACUUGGACCCUAGAGUUUGUACGGAGCUCUUACAAGAGAUUUUUGAGUUGAUUGGUCCUGUAAAGCUAGCUAAAGUGGUAGGAGACAGAAAUACUGGGAGAAGCUUAGGAUUUGGUUUUGUGGAUUUUUAUGACCGUCCAACAGCAAUCCGUGCUAUGGAACUGAUGCACGGAAGACGCGUUUAUGGUCAAGAAAUAAGGAUAGACUGGGCACAUGCAGGCGCAGGAGCCGCAGGUAGAAUCUUGCAGGAUGAGGAUUUGGCCAAUAUGCAUACGAUAUUCGUUGGAAACUUGGGUCCAGAUGUGGACGAAGAAAAGCUGAUGAAAGCUUUUUCUUCAUUUUCAUCUGUCGCUGGAGCAAAAAUAUCGAAAGAUGUAGAAACAGGGCUUCCAGCUGGAUACGGUUUUGUUUCUUUUCGGGAAAAAAAGGACGCAGAUUUAGCAAUGCAAACAAUGACAGGAUAUAUUUUAUCUGGUCGUGCGUUAAGAAUAGAUUGGGCCAGAGGAAAGAAUGCUGCUCGGGGAGUAUCCACAUUCGGAAGCUUUUCAUCUUCCACAGUUACACCCAAACCAGAUAUACAGACUAUCAUGAAACAGACGGAUCCUCUGAACGUCAGUGUUUAUGUUAGAGGACUUCCCUCAGAUAUCGAUGUUGCCGCUAUUCGAGAGUCGUUUCGAGGAUUUGGAGAUAUAGAAGAUGUAAAGAUACCUGAUGCAGCACGAAUGACAGCACAAGAUAGAAUUUAUGCUUUCGUGAAGUUUAAAUCUCAUGAAGUUGCUGCUCGUGCUAUUCAUGAUAUGCAUGGAAAAGAAAUUGCAGGCUGUGUUGUGCAGUGUGAAUGGGGUCGUGAAGGCUUAAAAAGUAGAUACUUUUAAACCCUAUUGCUGAACUUCUCCACUCAAUAUUCAUGUUCUCUAUUUAUUGUUCAAAAAAAGGAACUAGCCAAGGAGGAAUAUUUUUCUUUUGACUGGCAAAGUGCUGUACUUUUUCUCUACCAUGAUAAUAGACUGUCCUUUCGUAAACAAAUUGUUCCGGAAGGCGGUUUUCCUGAAAAACUUGUAGGCUUCCUAAUUCUCCAACCUUUGAAACUUUGUAAUCUCCAUAUUUGGUCAUGUCCUGGUCUGACUGAUUUUUCACUUUUAUUCUUACCAAUACGUCAUCGAAUCCUACAACUUGACGAUAGACACGUCUAAGAGACCGGGGAAAGAUAGUAACUUGUUUUUCAAUGACUCUUUGAAGUGGCUCGGGAAGUAAAGUGGGCGCACUAGCAAGGCUUUUAGCGGUUCUUCUUAUUUGACUUUCGCUUUUUGUUAUCCUUGUCCCAUUCAAUGCCCAAGUCGUGCUUUCCACUACCCUUUAUACAGUAAGCUAGGGCUACUAAUUUUCCAAAUGCUUUGGUAUCUCCUCCAACAGCUCUUCUGACUACACGCAACGCAUAUCCACCUUGUUUUAAAUGGUUCGUCUUCGAUGGUCCUUCCAUUAGAUUCAAGGAGAAGACAAGCUUACAAAAGAAACAUACCAGUUUUUGU